CUAGUCCUUAAAAACUAUUAGCCUAUUUGAUAAUUAAAUUAGUUUCUUUUUUAAUAUCAUGAUAGAAGUAUGUAUUUUGUUAAAGUUCAAUAUUUUCACAUUCAUGUUCAAUAGUUGGAUACUAAAGGUUAAGCAAAUUAGGAAUAAUUUAUAAAAUUUCAGCAUGUGCAGUAAUGAUAUGGAAUAUGAUUAAAUACAUAUUUAAUUUACUAAAUAAGAUGUUAUAAAAGCGUGCUUAAAUCAUUUUGAACUUUUUGCAAUGAUUUAACCCAAUAGUAAAAUAAUAUCAGAUCUAUAUCAAUGAUCAUUAUAUA